AAGUUUAAUUUUUCGCGACAAAAACAAAAGUAUUUUACUGUACUCUUUUGAUACGGUUCGUCGAUUGUAUAUUUGUUCGCACAUACCUCACUCAUCUGGCAAAAGGCACGGGAAGCCGCAUUGAGUUUCGUUCGUUUUCAAGCGCUCAACCUUCAUUCGCCAAACAUCCGCAAACUGCACACCAGGCAUUGUGCGUGCGGUUGCCGAAAACUCAAAAUUAAGACGUAAUCUUCUGCUCGGAACAGCCAAAUCGGAUUAUUCCUUUCUUAUCGUCCGGCAGGAGUGUGGAGUGUUAACCCACAUUGGAUUAGAGUGCAGGUACUAAGCAAGAUCGCUUUACCACCACAGUACGUACACUCGUGUGCUCUGGUGUGUCUGUGCGUGUUUAACACAUUUCCUAACAUUUGACCUUGCUGUAAAGUAGCCGUCAAAAUUAGCGGAGAAACAAGAGUACGCAAAAUGUCCUUCAGUUCGGACUCGCCGGAUGCGAAAAAGCCCUGCAAGGGUAUCCUGAAAUCCUCCAGCAGCUUCGACAAGCAUUCGGCCGCAUCAUCAGUGCACAGGAAAAGUGCAAAAUUUGAUGAGCUGAACGUGCUACAGACGUACCAUCCGCCGGAUAAAGAUUACGGUCACAUGAAGGUGGACGAACCGAAAACUCCCUUCAAUUACGUGGAAGCUGCCGACGUCGAUCAACUAGAUGCGGAAGUGCUCGCCGAAAGAUUGCGCGUUGCAGCAGACGCGCGCAGUGAUGCCGUAUCGGAGGAGGAGCUAGAUGAUGACGACGAGGAGGAGGAAGAGGAAGAGCUAACGGAGGAACAGAAAAAGCGCAAGCUAGAAUUUGAACGACGCCGCAAAGCACACUAUAACGAGUUCGAGGCAGUUAAACUGGCCCGCAAACUGAUCGAAGAGGAUGACGAAGAGGAAGAGGACGACGCAGCGGACGGUGGUGGUGCGGAUGAUGGCCCGAACAAGGCGGACGAUGAACCAAGUGCGAACAAUACGCGCCCUACCGCUACGGGAGGAUCAUCCAGCACACCUGCCAGUAAGGACGAAACGAGAAUGGAGAUCGAAGAGCAGGAAGAUGAAACCGAUCGAAAUGCAAGUAGCCGCCCGAAUAAGGUUGGCACCGCCGAAAGUCCGGCCGCACGAUUAAAACCAGUAUCGAGUGCAAUCAGACUUGAGGAAAAUUCCGACUUUGAAAGCCCCCGUAGCUCGGUAAUCGCACUGAUAAUGAUAGUGUCGAUUUGUUUGAUGAUAUUCUUCAUCGUUUGCUUUACGUUACUGUUUUAUCUGCUGAAAAGAAACAUUUAAGGCUGGUUUCGAUUAGUUUCGGGUUUUUUUUCUCGGUUGAUAGCAUAACAUUUACUUUCAAUGUGAGUGAGAAUGUAGCUAGAUAGACAGAUAGGACGAGAAUAUUUAUCAAUUGUUCUGUUUUUUUUUACUUUACUUUACUCGAUUAAAAGCGAUGAAGAACGAGAGAUAGAUUUGUUUAGCCGCUAGAGGGAAAAAAGGAUUAAUUUAGUAGUGUAACAAUUUGAAAUGAUCCCUAAAGAAUGGCGCAAAAAAGCCCAAACACCGUAAUCGAUUCGGAUUUAAUUUGUAAAUAACCUCGCACCCAACGGUUUGAUUUUAAUAGGUUUUUUUUGUUGUUGUAGCUAAGAAUCAGCUUAAAAUAUGAUUCAUGAGCACAUAGUUUUUUUUUCUAACUAAGAUUAUAUUUGUAAUGCAUGGGAAGCAAAACAAAAAAACGGUACCGUGUCCGAUAAUUUUUAGUCAGGAGUGUUUCUGUUUCGUUUACCUCCGUCACCAAAUCGAACCACUAACCCAAAUACCUCCAUUUACCAGUUGUUACCUUUGUCUGAACCUUUCGCUACCAAGGGGUAACAAGUGCUACCAGUGUGUCGCUGUGUUUUGGUAAUCUUCUGUAAAAAUGCGUGUGGUAUUUUGUUUAGCCCCUGCACCAGGUAGCAACACGCUGGCUUUGUAUGGUUUUUGGCUAACAAAGCGAUGCCGCACCGCUGCUUCCGCUGCUUGGCAAACGUUCGUCGGUGUUAGUAGUCAUUGUUUUGAGCGAUCGCUUAUCCGGACAGUGUACGGCGCGGAAACAGGUACAGUGUGUAGUGUGCGAUAUGGGUAAGAAACCGAUUGCUGCACAAUCAAUCAAUCACUGUGGGGAUUUAAUGAAUGAAUAGGGGACAGCAGUGUUUGGUACUGAAACCGGCGAAUAGAACUAAUGAUAGAACUAACUAAAUACACCACCAACCGGUUGGCGUGGUGUGGUUAACUAUAGGCGCUUAGUGUAGAGAACAAUAAUUUUACAAUUUCAUUUGCUUGCUAUUGAUGGGAGCGUAUUGAAGCGUUCGCUAAUCGGUACCGUGUUAGUGUAAAAGAUGAUUAAAUUGGAAAACAAAAAUGUAAAACUAUACAUUGGACAACAAAUCUAGAAAAAAAACAAGUUUCAAAAUUAAAUCAACUGACAAAAACUAAAAACUAACUAGAAAGUAUAAACUUGCAAACGAAAAGAAAACUAAUCCUAAAACAAAAACAAUUAAAUUAAGCAAUAUAACACAUACUACUGCGAAUCGGUACUCUUCGCAAAACUAAGCAAAACAAUAUGAAAAGAAAUAUGAAAAAAAAACACGGGCAUCUGGAUGAAAACUAAUGCCACCAACAACCACCUUGUAAUAAGAUAAUCAAAAAACGAAUACAAAAAAACAGGCUUAUUAAAAGUGUGUCACACAGGCGAAGCGGAGAAAAGUGUAGCUGUAAGUUAAUGAAAGGAAUGCUCGGUAAAACAUUAUAAUGCGGCUGUUUUUAAUCAUUAGGAAACACACGAGAGAAAAAAAAGAACAUGAUCUGUUAUUUUAAAACUAGCGCAACUGUUGUAAUUGUAAAUCUCAAUUAAAUUUUCAAAUGCAGGUUUGCUAUUUUUGGAUAAUUUUAAAUAACUAAACCACACAACUUUACAAUGAUCGAUCACUCUGUUAUUGUACAGCAAGAACAAACCGUUUUCCCAUCUUUUUCUUGAAUGUAACGAUUUGUGUUCGUUCGUAUGUCUGUCGUCGCAAGCCUGAGUUAGGUGACAGGGUUAGAGUAUUAAAAAUGUCAACUUAAGCUUCGAUUUUGAACUUCAAGCUGGUAGUGUGUUAAGCUAAAUCGUUUAUAAACGCGCGUCCCCACACAAGCAUUAAUGGAGCUUCAUUUUAUCAUGAAAAUUUAACAGAAAUGGUAGGCAUAAAUUGCUAUGCGCUCCAUUGAUCGUCAGGGUGAAUGUAAAAACACCGUAAAACAAAAAAAAUGUAUUUAUUUUCGAAUAUUAAUUAGAAAUUCAAAACAGUUCCCCCAAUCCUAAGCAAUUUCGUGCGUAGAUGAAGAACGUUAUUAAAAAAGAACAAAACAAAAAAAUCAAACUUCCGUAGCGUUUAGGCUAGCUUAUUUUUAGCAUUCAGUAUGACGCACCACCACCUAAUGCUGCUUACCCAAUUUAUAUAAGUUAUAAUUUUCUUCACCAGAGUGAGAAAGAAUGGAGUGAGAUUUAAUUAUUUAAACAAACACACAUAUAACACGUAAGAGCGUUGAUUUCAAAACGUCGUGGGUAGUAAUAAUACUUAGUUUAUUCCUUUUGAAUGUUGCGUAUGUAACAUACCUUCACCGUUGAUUAUUCGUUGCCUGUGAGGGUAAAAAAACAGCGAGGAAAAUGUGUUUUUUUUUUAAUUUGUUCCCCUGUUUUUAAAACCUUUUUUUCGAAGGUCGCUUUUCAGCGCUGCGCUUAGACGAUUGAAUGUAGGGUUUAGUAAAACGAAAUGAAGAAAAAAAAGCGGAAAAUCAUGUAAGGGAAAUGUAGGGUUGACUAAUGAUAAUAGUAUCGAAUCAAUACGCAGAUAGUUUGCGAUGGAUUGAAACAAUUAGCAAUAUAAUCAAAGAAAACUUUAUUGUUUGUGCGCCAGUCAAAAGCAAUAGAAUGAAUGAGAUGUGAAAGAGAGAGAGAAAGGGAGAGUUAAAGGAAUUUCUUGAAUAAAUUAAAAUUGUGAAUUGAAUAA